GUUGUCAACCCGGUUUAGCCUGUUGGUCCGGUCGAGCUAGUGGGUCAAGAGUUAAUGGGUCACCCGUUUUGGCCCGAGUUAGCCUGGUUUAGCCCGAAAAUAUGAAAAGAGUCAUUAUAUUGUACUUAUCCUGAAUGUGACAUAGAAAAAACGCAAAACUUCUUAAACUCCAACAUAGUUAAAUAGUAUCAACUUAAAUUCAACAUAGUAAAAAUUCAACAACACUUAAAUCCAUCACAUAACAUCAACUUCUUCCUAACAUCUAAAACAUCAAACAAUUGGAACCAAAUUCAUCUAAAACAUCACAAUUCGUGUUUGUUCCCAUUUAUUGGAACCAAGUCCCAAAUCCAACGAACCCUUACCGAAUAUCAAAUGAGUUUGAACGCCAGACCAAGGGAGGAAACGUCGAUCAGCAAGGAGAAGGCUAGAAGGCCGAGCUGCCAAUUGAAGAUGGAAGGCCGAGUUGAUAGAGGAAGCUCGAGCGAUCGACUAUCCAGGCAGGGGCGACCGAGCUCGAGGCGGGAGAGACUGAGCGAUGGAGGCAGAGGGAGAUGGCGGCCGAGCAGUGAAGGCCAAAGGGAGAAGACUCUCUCCGGCAACCUGGAGCGUGCCGCCAAUGAAGGAAGAACACCUUGGCCUAGCGAUGGAGAUCGAGCGGCUGCGGAGCGGGAGACAGAGUUGCGGGAAAUGGAAGGAUGAGUCGAGAUGACGAUAGAGGUAGGGUUUUCGUUUUCCAUACCCUGCUAUGCUUCUCGCCUUCUCCUAACAGAAAACGACGCCGCACAGCCAAAAACGACGCCUCAGGAGAAGCGACCUGCUCUAACAGGCUAACCGCCCGGGUUUUACCGGGGUUGACCGUAUUUCGUUGGGUUUGACUAGUUCCAUCUGAUAGUCAUAAGGGUUACUAUGGCCUAUUUUUUAGGGUGGGUCCGGAUCGACCCGCAGGUUGACCACCUUGCAUUUAAGUAAAUAUAGGAAGGAAUA